UAAAAAAGGAGGAGGUUUGGAAGUUGGAGUGGGUUGGAAAGAGACAACCUUGUCACAAAAAAUAUAAAUACAAGGACUAUCCAACUAUCCAACUAUCCAAAUACAUUUAAAUUUGACGAGCCCUUACUGCUAAGGCAAACCAAAGCUCUAUAUCUAUCUAUCUUUCUUUCUGUGCUCAUUUUGGAACUCUCAAACAUCAGUGCGGUUCCUCUAUCUUUGUUCACAAUGGCAACAUUUAUCAGCAGAAUGCCAUGCAGCUAUAUUCUUCUGCUGUUUCUUCUCUUUGCAGAUAUCAUGCUUUUCCGACGCGUAGCGUCGUUCGGAAUCAACUACGGCCAAGUAGCCAACAAUUUACCAACACCAGACAAGGUCCUUGAACUCUUAGGCACCCUAAAGAUAACAAGAACAAGAAUCUAUGACACCAAUCCUGAGAUUCUGAAAGCUUUUGCCAACUCAGAAAUUGAAAUCAUUGUAACAGUUGAGAACCAAAUACUAAGCCAGUUAAAUGAUCCACAACAAGCACUUCAAUGGGUAAGCAACAACAUCAAACCCUACCUACCAGACACAAAAAUCACAGGAAUCCAAGUAGGCAACGAAGUUUACACAGAUGAGAAUCCAGCAAUGUUUCAGUACCUUGUUCCAGCAGUGAUCAACAUCCAAAAUGCAUUAUCUCAGCUAAGCAUUUCAUCGAACAUCCAAGUCUCAUCACCAAGCUCCCUUGCAGUUCUUCAAGAAUCAUACCCUCCUUCAGCUGGUACCUUCAAGAAUGAGAUAACUGAAACCAUGACACAAUUCUUAAGCUUCUUAUCAAAAACAAAUUCACCAUUUUGGAUCAAUGCAUACCCUUUCUUUGCAUACAAAGACAACCCAAAUGAAAUCCCAUUAGACUAUGUUCUCUUCAAUCCAAGUGGGGGAAUGGUUGAUCCAAACACAAAAUUACACUAUGACAACAUGCUAUAUGCUCAGGUAGAUGCAGUUGCAUUUGCAAUUGCAAAGUUAGGGUUCAAUGAUAUUGAAAUUAGGGUUUCAGAAACAGGGUGGCCUUCAAAGGGGGACAGUGAUGAAGAAGGAGCAACAGUGCAGAAUGCAGCAACAUACAAUAGGAACUUGUUUAGGAGACAAAUGGAAAAUGAAGGAACACCAUUGAAGCCAAGGAUGAGAUUGGAGGCUUAUUUGUUUGCAUUGUUCAAUGAAGAUUUGAAGCCAGGACCAACUUCUGAGAGAAACUAUGGAUUGUUUCAACCUGAUGAAUCCAUGGCUUAUAAUGUUGGCCUUUCUGCUUUUGCAACUACUUCUAAUCCCUCCACUUCAAUUUCUCUUACCUCCUCUGCCACUCACAAUAAGGCAACACCACCAAAGAAAUACCAAAACUUGUUCUACUGCCUGUUUGUGUAUUUGCUGACUUCAACACUUUGUGGCUUUGUCUAGAAGAAUACUAUUACAUUCCUAUGGAUUAUGUAUAUACACAUAUAUUAGAGAUUUAUUACUUCCUUCACAAGAUGCAAAAAAUGAUGAAGAUCCCCUUAAAGAAUCUCCCUAGAAUCAAGUAUACCAAAACCCUAUUAAAGAUACACCUAUCUAUUUUGAAGAGGCUAGGAGGGACCAACACACUUUGUGGGGUGCAACAAAAUCAUCAUCUAUAUGGCAAAAAGAGGCUUAAGGAGACUUGAAGGAAGAUUUUAACUUUGAUUUAGUGGUUUAUACUUUGAUCCACUUACCCCACCAUUAGUCACAUUCCAGCAGCAACCAUGUGGCAAUGACAUCAGAUUGAAGCUUAUGUUAGGCAGAUAAGGGCCAAAAAUUCCACCUCAUUAUUCCUUUAUUUUAGUGCAAGAUUGUUGCACAAAAAGAAUAUAUUCUUAGUUCAACUAGGUGAUUUAUUUAUUUUGUACAUCUGAUUUUGUACAAUGAUGAUUGAUUAUUCAUUCAUAUAGUAAGAAAAAAUAUAUAUUAUAUUAUUGCUGCUUUGGGGGAGGGAGGGAGUAUUGAGCUAAGAAAAGUCCUCUAUUAUAGGACGUGGAAUCCAUUACUAUUCCUUAUUGUAAUAUAUUAAAGUAAUUUCUCAAUUUACUAUUC